UCAGUUUCGCCGUGGGUGGGCUGGAAAAACGUGACCGGAUCAGCGAGUCCAGUGGAGAUCACGUUUGAGUUCGACGACGUCAGGAACUUCACUGAAGUGUCGCUGUACAUGAGCAACAGGUUCUCUGAGAACGUCAAGAUUUUCUCGUAUGCAAGAGUGUUCUUCAGUGUUGGUGGAAGGUACUACAACACGAAUCCGACGACGGCAUAUUAUGCAGUUGACGAGCUUUUGCAACACCCGCGAUUUGCGAAGAUCAAGUUGCGAAACGGUGUCGGGAAGUUUGUCAAGUUGCAGCUGUUUUACGCGGCUCGGUGGAUGAUGAUCUCCGAGGUCGUCUUCGUAUCUGAAAUCUUGAAAGGAGAUCGUCCAGAUGAAGAAGAGCCGGUGCUGACGGCCCCAGACGACGUUCUCCCGCCGCAUCACGAGAAUUUCGCCACCCCGGCCCGGGUUCCUCCAGUGCUGGGCGAUGACAUCGUCGAGCACCGCAGCAGCAGCAGCAGUAAUAACGGCGGCGGCACUAGUGGCGACGGCGGCAAAGACCCGCCGCCGCACGCGGGUGACAGGAGCAACGACGGGCCGGACUUGACUGUCGUUGGCGUCGUCGUCGGCGUCCUAGCUGCCGUCGUCGUGCUUUGCGGCGGGGUGAUGUUCGCCUUCGUGCUCAAGAGCAAACGGCGACGCGUCAAGGGCGGCGGCACUCCGCUGGCUGGCAACGGCAAGGACUCUUUGAACGAGAAAAGAGUCACUAUCAACAUGAAGGAUUUGCGAAUGAACAUGAACCUGACCCCGAUGAACAACGGGUUUUCGAGGGCCAACGGGAAGAUCUACGGACAGGUCGCUGUGGAGGACGACUACGGUUGCGAGCAAGGGUUCGGCAGCGUCGGACCCGUCGGUGGUGGGUCUCUGUUGCUGUCGAGUGCCGGAAGUGACGCGAGUUGCGGCGGCCCGGCUUACGAGAUCCUUCAUCCGCAUUCCUCGCCCCUGAAGCACCUCAUGAUGUCCCAAGUGCCGAUGGUGAACCAUGCUUACACGACGAUCGGGAAGACCAGCAGUUAUUCAGAGUCCUCCGAUCGAGGACAGUCUGCUAUAGUGCCCUAUAAUGCAGUAGUCUCUAUACCCGAGUAUAGCGUCGGUCCCGUCGGUGGUGGGUCUCUGUUGCUGUCGAGUGCCGGAAGUGACGCGAGUUGCGGCGGCCCGGCUUACGAGAUCCUUCAUCCGCAUUCCUCGCCCCUGAAGCACCUCAUGAUGUCCCAAGUGCCGAUGGUGAACCAUGCUUACACGACGAUCGGGAAGACCAGCAGUUAUUCAGAGUCCUCCGAUCGAGGACAGUCUGAUAGUGGAUGUGUUCAAGGAGAGUACGCAGUACCGGACAUGAACACGACUGCGGAUUCGACACUCAUGUUCCACGAUGGAUGCAGUUCGAUGACGACAGCAAACACGUCGACGACAGCCGCCACGGCUCAGUUGCUGGGCAAGUUCUCGUCGGCUCGCUCGUCGCCCGUGUCGGCGUCACCUGCAUUGGGCGGCCGGAAGCGGAACCAGCAGCAGCAGCAACAGUCGAUCAACGUUGGCCUCCUCAUUCCGGCGCCACCGCCGCCAUCAGUGCCGCCGCCGCCGGCUGUUGAGGCCUACGACACUUACGACAUUCAUACCGGGAAGCGUGAGACGGUAGUGGACUCGCCGAACAUCAACAAUAACCUGCUCAUGUCGGGGUCGCCUGCUGCGAAGCCGAUGCAAGUGGGAAUCGUGUCCAGAAUUCCGAAACACAAGAUCCAUUUCGUCAGGAAACUCGGUGACGGAGACUUCGGAGAGCAAAUGGUGGCUGUCAAGUCACUGAAUGGCGGAGCAACUGAGCUUUUAAGGUCCACUUUCAUGGAUGAACUCAACAUUCUGACGAGUUUGCGCGACGUGAACAUCGCCCAGGUCGUGGGACUCGUGAGCGACUCGGCGGCGCCGGCUGCCGUACUGCAGUACGCCGAGUACGGUAACCUGCACAAAUUCCUCCGCGAAGGCGGACUCGCCGGCGUGGCCCAAGUCGACCCAGACUCGUUCAGCAAUUCUGGCCACCAAAAGCAGCAACAAUCAUCCCUCACUGCCUCCUUGUUGAACGGCUACGACACUGCGAGUUCCACGGCGUCUUCUUCUUCCGGUUCCUCCGCGUCCACUUCCGGCGAUCCCAAUGCUUCCGCUGCUACGGGAGGAACAGCCAGUCAUAAUAUCACGGACUUGGCCGUGUGUCAGCCAGAGUUUUCGUCUCACUACUACCGUACCGAAGGCGGCCCGUUGCUGCCUGUUCGCUGGAUGGCCUGGGAGUCCAUCAUGGCCGGCAAGUGGACGGUCAAGAGUGACGUUUGGUCCUUCGGUGUGACCUUAUGGGAGAUUUUGACUCAGGCGAAAUCGUUGCCCUUUGGAAAUUUUACCAAUCAGCUGGUGAUCGACAAUCUCGUGCACAUUCAUCAGACUGGUGAAGCAAAGUCUGUUCUUGGGCACCCACCGAAUUGCCCGAAGGAAUUGUACGACCUCAUGCGCGAAUGCUGGCGCAAAAAUGAAGCAGAUCGGCCUCAGUUCAAAGAAAUCCACAUGUUCCUGCAACGCAAAAAUCUCGGGUACCGACCGAAACACUGAAACCCACCCAAACACUGUCUUGCCAAACAAAAAAAUAAAAUAAAAACGAAGUGUAUCAGAAAUCAUUCUGCGAAUCGAUCGCGUAAAGAAGGAGAAAUUCAUUGCUAGUGCCCUGUGAUUACAGACUAAUCCAGUGAUCGAACCCUUAUUCUGUGAUUGUUUCUCCUCCCCCUUUUCAUCUGCAAAAAAAAAAAAGGUACCCCCUUUUUUUGGAAUCGAACACAUCAUUGAAUGCCUGGAUGUCGUACCAAGUUUCUUUUUUUUGGCAUAUCCCUGAGAUUGGUAUGAAAAGCAAAAAGAAAAAAAAAUUAAGAAAGAAAAUUUUGAGGAUGUUGUCUUCAUAUCAGUGCCCGGCAGCUUCUUUUUAUUGGAUCCAGUGUUGCUCUUUUGUUUUGGUUUCCGUUCGAUGUGAGGAUGUCGGAAGCUUACGGUGAUUUUGUAUUUUCCACGGCUCGAGAACUAAUUUGCGUGUGUUCCGCUGCGGAAGACUGUUUUCGAGAUUGAGUGUCACUUUUUUUUUGUUUCGAUUUUUUUGUUGAAAUGUGUUUUUUUUUUCGGUGGAUCGACGAUGAUUCUGAAAAUGCAUGCG